CACCCUGUUUCUCAUAGUCUAUCUAUACCAUGGCUACAUUAACUGUUCCCCAAUCCAACGCGUCCACCAAUCUCUGGACUGAGGCUAUAGACCAGUUGCCUGCAGAACACAAGCACGGAAUCAACUUUGCCCAAUAUGAGAAGAUCGACGUUCUCAAAGACUUACGUGAGAAAGCCGAAACAUCAAGAAAUCAGUUCAUGAUAUCGAGAUGGAAGUACACUCGCAAGAGCGGAGAAACAGUCAUAAUUAGGGAUGUUUUGGAGAAAUUUCUUCGAUGGCUUGAUAUGUUCAAGGGGAUUGGAGAUGUGGCUAUUCAGUACGACCCCACACAUGCUACGCUUCCUUGGGCGGGUAUUCGCCUCAUCUUGCAAAUUGCUUUGAACGAUACCAACAAAAUGUCCUUGGUGAUGGAAGAUCUUACUUGGAUAUCUGAGCUGAUUUGCCGCUACACUAUCCUAGAAGCUCUGUAUAUCUACGAUUCAUCAGCGGCUCAUGAAGCGCUACAGAGAGCUUUAGUUAAACUUUAUUCAAAAAUUCUUCUCCACCUAUCUAAUAUAACAGCAUACUUUGGGCAGGGGACUGCAAAACGAUUAAUAAAGAGCACUGUUCUUUCCGAAAAUUCGUUCGAGUCAACUCUGGAUGAGAUCCAUAGAGCAGAAGAACAGGUAAAGAACUGGAUAUCUUUGGCCGAAAGAAAUGAUAGUAUCGAGAAAAACGAUAAGCUAGCAGCUCUACUGAACUCCAUGAAUGGGCCACUGAAAAGAAUCGAUCGAAAUCUUGAGCAUGUGCAAGACAAUCUUGAAAGAUCGGAGCGCACGAAGAUUCUUCAAUGGCUCUCCUCUGAGCCUUAUAUGGGAUACCACAAACAAGUCAAGAAGGAUUUUCUAGCUGGGACCGGAAUGUGGCUUCUAGAUGACGCUAUCUUCAAGAAGUGGAAGGAUGACAGCGCAUCUUCAAUUUUGUGGCUCCAUGGGAUCGCUGGAUCAGGCAAGAGUAAACUUGUGUCGGUCGUAAUCGAAGAUGCGAUGAAGAAUUUCAAGGCUCGAAAUAGCCCGCAACCAGUAUUCUUCUACUGUUCAAGAAAUCCAGCAGAGCCUUUACGAUCGAGCCCCAGGGGGAUACUUGCUAGUAUUGCGCGCCAACUAUCAAACAUAGAAUUGGGGAUGCCUCUUCUAAAACCUAUAGUCGAUAUGUAUCAGAGUGAAGAGAGCCAAGGGUUUGCGUCCGGACAGCCCGAGAUGACAGAAAUUUGCGACCUUAUCACGGAGCUCAUCGAAAUCUACCCCCAGACAACGAUCAUCAUAGAUGCCAUGGACGAAUGCGAUAUAGGGACGCGAUGGGAGCUACUUGAGUAUCUGGAGGCGAUUCUCAAAAACGCAUCUAGCCUGGUCAAGAUUUUCGUUUCGAGCCGAAAUGACCAAGAUAUCGUAUUGCAGCUGAAAAACUACCCGAAUCUGGAGAUCAACUCUAGGAUGAAUGAGAGCGAUAUUGCACGGUUUGUCAAGAAUGAGACAGAACAACUGGUUAAGCGUAGAAAGCUACUAUGCCGUAGCAAUUCGCGAGAUGAGCUCAAGGAGCUGAUUAUUUCCAAAACGACUGCAAGUGCUCAUGGAAUGUUUCGUUGGGCUAGCAUGCAAUUGCAAUAUCUUUGUUUGUUCACUGAAGAUGGCGACAUCAGAGAUGCCAUGGGCCGACUUCCCCCUGAUCUGCGUGAGCAGUAUAACCAAGUCUACAACAAGCUUUCAACAAUGCCAGGCGACUAUCGACAGACCAUUUUCAAAAAUGCUCUGUGCUGGUUGUUAUCAGCCCAAAUCACGCUCCCAACCGAUCAGUUCCUGGCCGCGGUAACGACAAUUCCUUAUGGAGGCAAAAAAACACCGGUCUCUCAAGAAACGAUUGUUGAGUACUGCAACAACUUCAUCGUUCAUGACUCACAGCUUGAUACGUUUCGUUUCGCACAUCUAUCCGUGCGAGAAUUUUUGGAAGAAAGACCUGAGUUCAGCAAACCAUCAUCCAACAGCAUGAUUGCGGAAGCUUGUCUCUGGACUGUUCUUUGUAAAAGAUCAAACUCAGAAGUCCAGAAGCUCUUCCGUCAUAUUGGCUGGAAACUCGAGGUUGAGCCCUCAGGAGUUAGGACAAUUGAAGAUUAUGCACGAUAUUACUGGCCUGCUCACGGUCGAGCAGCAGGAGCUUGCAGAAAAUCGGGCAACUUGAGGGCCGUUUUGAAGCAUCUGUUCUUGGAUGAAAAAGACAAAGGGGAUACUUCAUCCAUGGCUCUCUUGAUACAAGAUGUUCUCGCUGGUCAGAUUCCAAAUGAUUAUCGUUACAUAUUGACAAAACAUUGGAUUUGGGCCUGUCGACCCGGUAGCGACUCACCACCACAAUCUCUAGGGUUGUUUAUCGCCUGUGCUUUUGACCUCGAGGAAUUGGAAAAAGAACUUUUUGUCAGCGAAGCGCUUACAGCACCUUACAGAACUGCGGGAGGGCGAAGUCUUGGAGGUCUCGCGGCUAGAAAUGGAAGCCUCAUGAUACUUUCUCAUCUGGUUGCACAAAAGGAGUUUGGGGUUUCGCGUGCUAUAGAGGUGUUGGAGGAUGCUCCUCCUGAAGAUUGCAAAUAUGUGGCAAUGAUCCUCGUCGAUCUGUGGAAGGUAAAUGAACAGAGUAAGAGGACGAUGUUGACAGCGACUGUUUCGAAGAUUUCCCUGGAAGCGAUAGAAGCUUUGCUUGACUCAUGGGAAGACGUCGAGAUUACACAAGAGAUGAUUUUGGCAGCCGUCAGAAGAAAAGAUCGAUCUGUUGAGGUGACCAAAUUCCUUUUGAGUCGGAGGAAGGAAAACGUCAGAAUCACACAAAACAUAGUAGAAGAAACUAUAAAGAAUCAUGGAAACACGAUCUUUUUAGCUCAGGUUCUUCUAAGUCAGGGCAGGAAAGAAGGUAUGAUAGCACCAGAUAAGUUCGAUACGAGAAUCGAAUGGAGCUCCGAAUUCCUGAAAUGGGUGGGGCUGCUUCUCGAUGAAGUAGGCGAGGAAUUUACAAUCACCGAAGAAACAAUCAGGGCUACAGGCUUUCGAGAUGACAGCAGUCGACUGAUGGAAUACCUCCUGCGUCGGCGGAGAAAAGAUGUACCAAUAGCAACAUCGGUAAUGAUGCACAUCCUAGGCCGAUCCAAUGGAGAUGUAGUAAGAAUGCUUCUCGACCAUUGCGAACUUGGUAGCUUUAUCAAAAAAGAAAACAUCAACGUCUUUCGACAAUAUGGGGGUGACGCAAAAGAGCUGAUACUUCUCUUGGGUCAUCACCAAGGAGGCUUGGUCGACAUGCUCUUGAACGGCGAUAAAAAGGGUUAUAUGACUGAAGACCUAGGACGGAAUCUUCAUCGUAUCAUGUUUGAACAUAGUGGUGGAUGGAUAUACUGCAAACGGAAAGACGACGGGCGCCCCUACAGCGCGCGCUCUUUGCCCCCGGCGGCUCCUACAGAGAGCAGGUUUUUUUUAGCUCUUUCUCUGGCUGGUCUGGCUGGUUUUUGGUUCGUUUUGGCUAGGGGUUGA